AUGGAUAAGGCGGCCUCGCUGCACGGCGCCGUGCCCGCGCCGCCGCCCCGGCUCUACCUGCCGCGGAACUUCAGCUGCAGCGCCUGCCUCUACGGCAGCCUGGCCGAGCGCUGCGGCGGCGGCCGCAGCCCCGACGGCGACGCUCCUCCGCCGCCCGCCCCGCGGGACGCGGCCCCUGAGAAGCCGCCGCCUCCACCCCGCGGCCGGGAGCCCCGUCCGCCCGCCGCGCCGCCCAGCCCCACGCAGCGCCGCCGCGCCAAGUCGCUGCCCACGCCCGGGGAGCGCGGCCUUCGGCCGGCCCCGCGGCACAGCCCCUCGCGCCGCAAGACCGUGCGCUUCGCCGACUCGCUCGGCCUGGAGCUCAUCUCCGUGCGGCACUUCCGCGACGCCGACCUGCCGCGCGUGCCGCCGCCCGCCGCGCCGCGCCGCGCCGACCUCUUCAAGACCGGGAAGCCGCCGGUGCUGGGCGAGCUGGAGCCGGUGCUGUUCGGGCCGCUGCCGCCGCCGCUGGAGCCGCUGUUCCCGCCGCAACCCGGCGCCGGGCCCGGCUUCGCGGAGCGCGUGCGGCAGCACAAGGUGAGGCUGGAGUGGGUGCGCUGCGAACCCGCGGGGCUGCGCGGCGCCGUGCGCGUCCUCAACCUGGCCUACGAGAAGGCCGUGUCGGUGCGUUACACGCUCGACCGCUGGGCCAGCUGCGGCGAGGUGCCCGCCGCCUAUCAGCCCGCCGGGCCGGCCGACGGCAUCACCGACCGCUUCGCCUUCCACCUGCCGCUCGGCCCCGCCGCCGCCGGCUCCGAGGCCGCGCUGGAGUUCGCCGUCCGCUACCGCGUGGCCGGGGCAGAGUACUGGGACAACAACGGCGGCUCGAACUACCGCCUGCGGGGCCGGGCGCGCUCCCCCGCCUCGGGGCCGCCGCAGGACCCCGACAGCAGCGCCUGGAUCCACUUCAUCUGACUGACGGAGCGGCCCCGGCCUCGCCCCGCGCCGCGCCGUUGCGCUGUAAGUCGGCGGAGGACGCUUGGAAUUGCUUGCGGAUAACCGACGUGUGCUUUGUGUCCCGGACAGCCGUCCGGCUGCGGGCGGCGGGUGUGGGCUGUGCGCUCGGCGUACUCGAGCGUAUUUAGGAAAGUGCUGCCGUUGAAAGACGGCGCUGUGCGGUUGAGGGUCUGUCACGCUGCGGUGGAGCCGCCCCGCCCGGAGGUGGCGGGAGCUCGGCCGUGCCGGUGGCUCUCGGCCCUGCGGGUUGAUUUCCAUCUCCCGUCUGACUGAGGUUCCUCAGCUGAGCUGUCGGUGCAGGAGUGCUUGGAAAACACUCCCGUUUUUCUUCUCCCUCAUUCUGGAAAAAGGCAGAUUUCACAAAGCUGGAUGAGCUCUGACCUAUUGAAGAGAAGCCAUGUCUUGCCAUAUGAAAAUAAGUGUAUCAGUAAAAACGUUGGGAUGGCAGAGUACGUUGACUUCUGCCUUCAAAGCUGUGCUUUAGAUUGGUACGAGCAGUGAAGGGUUUUCUUUUUCCAGCUUGCUUUUUGAGGCAGUGGACACAGGUUGUGCUGCCCGGUGCUGCCCUCCAGGAGCUCAGCACGUGUC